AUGAAGAAGAAAAAAGGGCGCACAGGCCGACGGAGGACACGGAAACGCAUGGAAGUAUCUGCAGUGAACCAAAGCUGUGACAUCCGGUACGUUCAGCUGAGAAAGUGGCUGAAGAACAGGGGCUUCCGUGAGAGCCAGCUGAGGGCAGUACAUUUUCCAGAUACAGGUAGGGGCCUGAUGACAACACAUCUACUGCAGCCAGGGGAUCUGAUCAUUUCCUUACCGGAGUCCUGUCUACUUACCACGGACACCGUCCUGGAAAGCUACCUUGGGAAUUAUAUCAGAAGGUGGUGUCCCCCUGUCUCCCCUAUGUUGGCAUUGUGCACUUUCUUAGUCACAGAGAGGUACGCUGGUGACCGCUCACUGUGGAAACCAUAUCUAGACGUACUGCCCAGCAGUUAUGACUGCCCUGUAUAUUGGGAUCCAGAAAUAGUGACGCUCCUUCCAGAACCUGUCAGACAGAAAGCCGAGCAGCAGAGGAGCAUCGUUCAGGAAUUCUACUCUUCGCAUGUGUUGUUCUUCAGAUCGCUGCAGUCGUUGUUUCGGGAGAACCCAGAAAGCAUCCUGAGCUAUGACGCCAUGCGCUGGGCCUGGUGCACAGUCAACACUCGUACAGUGUAUAUGAAACACGCACAGAGAGACUGCUUUUCUUCUGAACAGGAUGUGUAUGCAUUGGCACCAUUCUUAGAUCUGCUGAAUCACAGCCCUGGUGUGCAGGUGGAAGCCGCAUUUAAUGACGAGAUUCGACGUUAUGAGAUUAGGACUAAAGUGCAGUAUAGGAAGUACGACCAAGUGUUUAUUUGCUAUGGACCCCAUGAUAAUCAUCGGCUUCUGCUAGAAUAUGGAUUUGUGGCAGCUAAUAAUCCCCAUCAGAGUGUCUAUGUGACUACAGGUAAGUGUAUGCUAGGGCUGGAUUUUCUGCCCAAAAAAAAAACAACACGGAGGGUGGAUUUAAUAAAGGCAAGGGACUUUAAAAUUUUGAAGUUCAGUUGCACUCAUUUUCCCCAAAGCUUAGCGAAUGCGGUAAAGCUCUGCUGA